AUGGAGUCGGAUAGAAUUACUUGCUUGCCGGAUCAUCUUAUAGACAAGAUUCUCUCACAUUUGCCAAUUAGGGAUGCAGGGAGAACAAGUGUUUUAUCCAGCAAAUGGAGGAACAAAUGGUCCACACUACCAGAUCUUGUGUUCCAUAGAAAAUGUGUAUCUACUGCCGCUUUCGAAGACCUUUCAAUUAUCAAUAGCAAGUUCAUAAGGAUUAUUGAUCAUGUACUCUUGCUUCACUCUGGGCCAAUCAACAAGUUCAAGCUCUCCGAGUCCUGUUAUGAUAUCGUUGGUGUGAACUUUGUGGCUGAUAUGGAUAGGUGGAUUCUUCAUCUAACUGGAAGGUCUAUUAAAGAGUUUGUGCUGAAAAUUUUGAUGGAGCAACCCUAUAAGAUACCUUGGUGCUUAUUCUCUUGGCAAACCCUACGCCGUUUAAAAUUAUAUUAUUGUUGCCUUAAACCUCCAAUCACGUUUGAAGGCUUUAGGAACUUGGAAAGUCUUGAGCUGAAAUUGGUAACAGUGGCUCAAAAUGCUUUUGAAAACUUGAUUUCCGGCUGCCCCCGGCUUGAACGAUUGAAAUUGAUAAAAGUUGAUGGUUUAACCCAGUUUAAUAUUCAUGCACCAAAUCUCAAGUUUUUUUACUUCGUUGGUGAAUUUGAGGAUAUUAGCUUUGAAAACAGUUUUCAGUUAACUAAUGUAUUGGUUACUUUAAAUGUUUAUCUGUACCCUCAAAGCAAUCAGCGCAGAUUGCAUGGGUGCUCUAGCAAUUUGGUCAAACUUUUCGAUCAUCGACCUCACAUUAAGAGCCUAGUGAUUGCAGAUUAUUUUUUAAAGUAUUUGGCUGCAGGUGUUAUUCCAGUUAAGCUGCAUUCACCUUUUAUGAAUCUAUUAUCUCUUGGCUUAAACAUAAACUUCACUGACUUGAAGGAGAUUUCGGUUGUUCUUUGCUUGCUCAAAAGCUCACCAAAUGUUCGAAAGUUCGUAAUGUUUGCAUUGAAAAAGGAGCAGACUGGACUUUUAUCACCCGCAUCGUACUGCUGGGAAGAUAUCUUUUCAGAGCCGAACGUCCCCCUCGGAGUGCGAUAUGUUAUAAUAAAGGACAUCUCUGGCACCAAAUUUGAAUUAGAUUUUAUCAAAUUUUUACUUCUAUAUUCUCCUUUGUUAAAAAGGAUGACUGCGAAGCCUACACCAAAUGCCAAACCGGAGUUGAUGACAGAAUUAAUCAGUUUCAAGAGAGCGUCGAGCCAUGCCGAAGUUGUUUACCAUAGAAAAGAUUCUGCAUAG